CUCAUUGAUAAGGUAAUUACUUCAAUUGCCUCUCUCUCUCUCUCUCUCUCUCUCUCUUUCACGUUCAGAACAUGAAGACUCUUAAGAUUUUCCUUUUGGUGGCCAUGCUUAUGGCUUUCGCUGCCAUUGCUUUGUCAUCCCAAGAAGAAUCAUUUGUGGACGAUAACGAUGACACCCUAGACGAAAAUUCUGAUAUUCCUUGGCCUGAGAACCAACAAACAACGCCAACUUCUCUGCGAGGAAUCACAAACCGGUUUCUUGCCCAGGCAAGCCGAGAAGCGAUGACAUGUGAUAACUAUCCUAGGGUUUGCCGUGCGAAGGGCAGUCCAGGGCCUGACUGCUGCAAGAAGAAAUGUGUUAAUGUCGCAACAGACAAGACUAACUGCGGCAAGUGUGGGAGGAAAUGUAAGUACCCUGAGAUUUGCUGCAAAGGGGCGUGUGUGAAUCCAAUGUCGAACAAGAAGCACUGUGGAGGUUGCAACAACAAGUGCAAGAAAGGGAGCACUUGCUCAUAUGGAAUGUGCAGUUAUGCAUAGACCGAUAUAAACCCAUUUAUUAAUUAUUUUGUGCUUGUGAUAUGAAUAAGAGCGACCAUCAUCACCAUAACAUAAGAUGAUUAAGGUUCGCUGGUUUUUAUUCAUUUUUUUAUUUAUGUAUGUGAAAUCGUGUGAUAAGAAUUAAUGUAUUCCUAGUCAUCUUGAUUUACUUAAUGUUAGUCCUCGUCUCAUAA